AUCCUCAGUGAAUAAUGCUAGCUCUCGUUUCUUUAUCUAAGUGAGGUCAUAUGUUGUGGUCAUGACAUUCUUGGGCUGCAGUGUUUAUUGGCAGGAAGUCAGUGGGGUAAAAGGAGCAGACACAGGCAAAGACGCAUUUAAACAAACAUUUCUACGUAGGUAAACAUAAAUUAAUUAUUAUAAAUAAAUAUCUCAUAAAUAGCUCUGGAUUGUUCCAAGUGUGAUAACACUUUUUUGGAAUUUAAAUAAAAGUCACAGCUUCCAUUUCUAUGUCCAGGAUGUUUUUACUUUAAGCCAAAUGUGCUUUGGAUACAACUGUUAGCAUAAUUAAGGGCUAAGAAAUGCCAUGGCUGCUGUACAGUCUGUCUGAACUAAAUAGAUUUGAAUAACACUAUAAGCAGAGUAAUAAUACAGAGUACUGUAUGAGCAGCAUCAAAUCAUAGAGGACAAUAACAGCUUUUGUCCACCUGUAUUGUUAAAAAUACUAUUUACAGUUGUGCUCAAACUUCAGAAGUAUAAAUAAUUAGCUUCAAAAUAAACAAGGAAUAUCAUUAAAUUAGAUUUAAAAAAUAGUCUUCACUUCACCAAUGAUUACUACCAGGUUUACCUUUCAUCAACCUCCCUACAACUUUGCUCCUGGAACCUUAAAAAUCUUCCUGUUCCUUGGGGACUCUUUUACCCGAACACAGGAAAAGAGAGAGACACAAAAGAAUGGGAGCUGGACUGACAGGACCCCCGCCUGCCACCAGGAGGAUCCGGAUUCGAUACCACCUAAUCUCCAAAUCCCAGGUCAGGAAGGGUACUCAGUGUAAAAUCUCUGUGCAGACCACUACCGCCGUGAUGAAAAAAGAAAAGAAAAGAUGGAAAGGCGUCUCGAACUGUUACAGCGAAGUAUCUGAGAGUCUCCUGGACCUGAGGUUGACGACAUUUUCGUCUCUAUGCUUCAUCAUUUGGACCUUUAACUGUUUCCUGGCGUUUCAGUGAAGAAGCCAAAGCCUGGGCUGAGCUGUGAACACUGAGGGAGGAUAAGGAGCUGGUGGAAGGAGGACUGACACAACUGUCACCCUGCAUGAGAGGCUGCAAAACUGUGGCACGAGCUCAGAUUUACUGAAUGUGUGAAGACCUCGACUGACCUGCAGGGGGUGCAGGGAAAAGAACAGACAUUUACAUUUACAGUUAAAAAGAGCCAGUAUUGAAAAAAAACAAAAACAAAACACCGAUCCUACUGAAUCAGCUGAUUUUGGCGAUGGGGCCAACUGUUCUGCUGAGCUGCCUCCUCCUGACGUCCUUGCUCAGCGUAUCAGAAGCUGGGCUGGUGAAGAAAAUCCUACGUCAUCGACGACAGGCGCCGGCUCCUCGUAAACAACAUAACAUCACCUUGCCCACCGUGGACGGCCCUGUGAUUUUUAAUCACGUCUACAACAUCAAUGUUCCCGGCAGCUCUCGGUGCUCAGUGGAUGUGGACGCGGGAGAAAGCACAUCAGUUCAACCCAAAGAUGAACCUGCGUCAUCAGGCCGUCACAUCACUGAGCAAAUAGUCAAUGGAGAGAACCAGAUCGUCUUCACUCACCGCAUAAAUAUACCUCGGCAGGCCUGCGGCUGUACUGAGGACCUGCCCGGCGUGAAAGAACUUCUGAACCGACUGGAGAUACUUGAGGGAGAAGUCUCAGCGUUGAGAAGUCAGUGCAGCAGUGGGAGUGGCGGCUGCAACGCACAGGUCACAGGUGAUGUUGCAGUCAAGCCUUACUGCAACGGCCAUGGAAACUACAGUACUGACACCUGUGGCUGUGUAUGUGCGCCAGGAUGGAAGGGAACCAACUGCACCGAGCCUGAGUGUCCCAGUAACUGCCUGGACCGAGGCCUCUGUGUGGACGGAAAGUGUCAGUGCUUCAAAGGCUUCUCUGGAGAGAACUGCUCGUUGGAGGUCUGCCCUGUGGACUGUGGAGCUCAUGGCCGAUGUGUUGGCAGCGUCUGCGUCUGCUCUGAUGGUUUCUUGGGGGAAAACUGCUCCGAGACAAAGUGCCUGAACAACUGUCAAGGCCGCGGCCAGUGCAGUGAUGGGAACUGUGUGUGUGACGAUCCCUGGACUGGUGCUGACUGCUCGGAGCUGAUCUGUCCCAAACACUGCAAUGACCACGGGCGCUGUGUGAAUGGAACCUGCUACUGUGAUGAGGGCUACACCGGGGAGGACUGCAGUGAGCGCACAUGUCCCAACCACUGCCAGGGCAACGGCUUCUGUGUUGAUGGGAAAUGCUUCUGCAGUGCAGGCUACAGUGGGGAGGACUGCUCGGUGCUCACCUGCCUGCACGACUGUAACGGCAGAGGAACCUGCUUCAAUGGCAUGUGUAUCUGCGACACAGGUUAUCAAGGUGAAGACUGCAGCCAGUUAGCGUGUUUGAACAACUGCAACAACAGAGGCCAAUGCAUAAAUGGACAGUGUGCAUGCGACGUUGGUUUCCAGGGAGCCGAUUGUUCCGAGCUCUCUUGCCCCCGGGACUGCAGACAGAGAGGGCGCUGUGUUAACGGCCAGUGUGUUUGUGACGAAGGAUACGCUGGGGAGGACUGCAGCGUCAAGACCUGCCCAGCAAACUGUCAUGGCCGCGGCGAAUGCAUCGACGGACUAUGCGCGUGUCACGCAGGGUUCACUGGUGUGGACUGCAGCGAACUGAGCUGCCCGAACAACUGCCACAGCCGCGGCCGCUGCGUCGGCGGUCAGUGUGUUUGUGAUGAAGGCUUCUCAGGAGAGGACUGCAGCCAGAAGGCCUGUCCCAACGACUGCAUGGCUCAAGGCCAGUGUUUAGAUGGCGUAUGUGUCUGUAAGGAAGGUUACUCUGGAGACGACUGCUCUAUUCUCGCCUGUCCGGAGAACUGCAACGACAGGGGGCGAUGCAUCAAAGGAAAGUGCUCGUGUACGAGUGGAUAUGAAGGAGAGAGCUGUGAAAAGCUAAGCUGCCUGAACAACUGUCAGGAUAAAGGCCGCUGUGUGAACGGUCAGUGCGUGUGUGACGAGGGCUACAUCGGGGUGGACUGCUCAGACGUGUCGCCUCCAAAGAACCUUACUGUUGAUGAGGUCACCCAUAAAACUGUGGACGUGUCUUGGAACAAUGAGAUGUUGGUGACGGAAUACCUGGUGACGUACGUGCCCACCUCACCUGGGGGUCUCCUCCAGGAGUUCACCGUGUCUGGAGACAAAACAAAAGCCACUGUUGAAGAACUGGAACCCGGCAUUGAGUAUCUAAUUAGUGUUUAUGCCGUGCUGAGCAACAAGAGGAGUGUCCCUGUCAGUGCCAGGGUCGCUACAGCUCUGCCCCAGGCAGAAGGUAUUAGGUUCAAAUCUGUGAGAGAGACUUCAGUAGAAGUGACGUGGGACCAGCUGGACAUCUCCUUCGAUGGCUGGGAGAUCUACUUCCGCAACACGAAGGAAGAAAAUGGAAAAAUUGUCAACGUCCUUCCGUCCAAUCAAAACCAGUUUUUACAAUCAGGUCUCGGACCAGGUCAGGAGUACGAGGUCUCCAUCAACAUCAUUAAGAACAACACGAAAGGACCACAAACGACCAAAACCGUCACCACCAAGAUCGACAGCCCCAGCCAGGUAGAGGUGAAGGAUGUGACAGACUUAUCAGCAUUAGUGCUCUGGUCUCAGCCAGUUGCACCUGUGGACGGUGUCACUAUGUCCUACGGACCCACCUCUGACCCCUCGGACAAAAUCAGAGCAGUGAUUGCCCCUCCUGACAAGCAGUACAGCAUCGAUGGUCUGAGACCAGACACUGAGUACAUGGUGUCACUCACCUCCAGCAGUGGAAACAUGACCAGUGAACCUGUCAACACCACCUUCACCACUGACUUAGAUGCCCCGAAGGACCUGCAGGCCAAGUCCAAGACAGACACCAGCAUCACUUUGGAGUGGACCAACAGUAAGGCUAACGUUAGCAACUAUAGAGUUAAAUACAGCCCACUCUCAGGAGCCGGUCAUGGUGAAAUGGUGUUCCCACGAGAACCAGGAAACACAACGACAGCAACGAUCACUGGUCUGAUUCCAGGGACCGAGUACGGUGUUGGUGUGACUGCCAUGAAGAAUGAGAGAGAAAGCCUCCCAGCAACUGGGAACACAGAAACUGACAUUGAUCCUCCCAGAGAUUUCGAGGAACUGGAAACCACAGAGACUUCCGUGAGUCUGCAGUGGCAGAAACCCCAGGCCAAAAUUACUGGUUACAGGCUGGUGUUUGUCUCCAAAGACGGAGAAGAGGAGGAGGUGGAAAUCCCACCCACAGCCACGACCCAUGUCUUACUGAAUUUGACUCCUGCCGUAAGCUACAACCUCACGUUGACCGCAGAGAGGGGUCAGAAGAAGAGUCCACCUGCCACCUUGACUACAUCCACAGCCUCAUUUACAUUUUACUUAGCUGGAUCAGACACCCAUGAGCUAGCCCCUACUGCAGGUUCAGAGGACAAUGUUAUUAGCUUUGUGAAUUUAGAUCUCUCUGAGUUCUCCGGGAUGGAGCCUGAGGAUGAUGAGCUCGGAUCAUUGACCGUUUCAGGCGUCACGUCUGAUGGGUUUGACCUAACGUGGAAACUUAAAGCUCCCAGCCUUUACCAUAGUUUCACAAUAGAAUAUAAAGACACUCAGCGAGUAUGGAACGUGAAAAAGAUCAAGGUCCCUGGAUCAGCCACUGGCUCUAGAAUCCAAGGCCUGACUGCAUCAACAGAGUAUGAAAUAAAACUUUAUGGAGUAACAAGUAGCCAGAGAUCUGUGCUACUAGAAACUGUAGCAGUAACAGCGCCGGCGCCCACUUCUCCACAUGUGUUAACGCUGAAAAUGAAAGCUGCAACAACAACCACACAGUCUGCUCUGGAUAAUGACACAGUUUUAACAGCAGAUCCACUCCGUUCUGUGAACACUGAGGCCCCUCCCACUUCUGAAAGUGUUGUAAUGAGCUCACAGACUGAGUCUGAAAAACCAGAGCUGGAUUUACUGGCCAACCUCACGGUUGCAAACGUUACCUCCACUAGCAUUAACUUGGCCUGGUCGGCACCCGACGAGGUGUUUGAAAGUUUUGUGGUGGAGCUGGGUUCUCCAUCAGAGGAACGUGUGACCACAUUAGCUGGCAAUGUAAAGAAUGCUGAAAUAGUGGGUUUGUCGCCCUCUACAUACUAUAAUGUAACAGUGCAUGGGCUGGUGGAGGGAAAGCGCUCUUUGCCUCUUAAAGUUUAUGCUGCCACAGCAGAGGAGCUGAGGCCGGGGGUGUUGAACCUCACGAUCUCUGACAUUUCAUGGGACGGCUUCACUGCCUCCUGGAGUCCCACAGAUUGGGACUUUGACAGCUUUGUCAUUGAGGUAACCAACCUGGAGAAUUUUGCCCAGAGCCAGAAUCUGACACUGUCGGGAGAUGCAUUCAGCCUGGGAAUCUCUGGGCUGAAUCCCAACACUAGCUACAUUGUUGGGCUGUAUGGGAUGUAUAAAGGCACCGUCCUCAGUCCUGUGUACAGUGAAGCCACCACAGUGAAAGAGCCACUGGUUGGCAAAGUAUAUCUUUCAAACGUAACAUCCGAGAGCUUUUCAAUCCACUGGAACAGCUCUGAGGCAGAGUUUGAUGGGUUUAUCCUGGAGUUAAUUGAUUCUGAUUGGUUGAUGGAGCCAGUGGAGUUUAACAUUUCCCGCAAUGUUAAGUCCCAUGAUGUCACUGGGCUCCGGCCUAGCACUGAUUACAUAGCCUACCUCUAUGGGACAUACAAGGGAUCCCGAACACGAGCUGUCACUAUUGUUGCAUCAACAGCUGAAGAGCCUGACUUGUCCAGGCUGGUUGUUUCUAACAUUACCUCAGACCGGUUCUCUCUGGCAUGGCGGACACGGGAGAAGCGUUUCGAUAACUUUAUAGUAGAAGUCAGAGAGUCCGCUUUACCCUCUCAGGCCAUGGGGCGCGCUCUGCCUGGAGAUGUGCGCUCCACUGUCAUGGCAGGGCUCAAAGCGAGCACUAGCUACAACAUAAAGCUGUACGCUAGCAGUGGUGGCCGUAGCACAAAGCCUCUGUUUGCUCUAGCUACAACAGAGGACGUCCCAAAGUUGGGACUGAUUUCGGCUUCGUCUGUGAGUCCACAUAAUCUGAGCUUGUCCUGGAGCACUGUGUCAGGCCAUUUUGACGGUUUUGUUAUCAGGGUCAGUGACUCUGAGCACCAGUCUGACGCGCUGGAGUUCAGACCCUCGGGUGACGACCGUAACAUUACAAUCUCAAACCUGAUGGAUGCAACUGACUAUGACAUUGAACUGUAUGGUAUUUCUCACGGGCGCCACACUCCCUCGGUGUUAACCAAUGCUGUCACAGCAUCUUUGCCUAAAGUGGAAAACUUGACCAUAUCCAACAUAACGCCCUACGGCUUCCGUGUGUCGUGGGAGGUGAAGCAGCAGCAGAAGCAGCACCAACACCAGCCUCAGGAAGAUAUACCGCCCUCUAGCGGGGGAUUCAGCCAUUUUCUCAUAGUGGUGACAGACUCCGGCUGGCUGCUGGAGCCUCAGGAGUUCACUGUACCGGGAAACCAAAGUCACUUGGAGAUCUGGGGCCUUAUUACCGGCAUAGGAUAUGAGGUCAGACUGACCGGAGUGUCAGAGUCAGGGCUUCUCUCUCGACCUCUGACCACAGUGGCUGUGACAGAGGCAGAGCCUGAGGUGGAUCAUCUCUUCGUCUCUGACAUCAGUGCUGACAGCUUCCGUCUGUCCUGGGCGGCUGAUGAAGACAUGUUUGACAGAUUUGUGAUCAAAAUAAGAGACAGCAAAAGAUUAGCUCACCCUCGAGAGUACAGCGUCAGUGGUGACGAGCGAACCAAGGUCCUAGCCGGACUCAUGAGUGGCACUGAGUAUGAAAUCGAGCUUUAUGGUGUCACUCUGGACCAACGGUCCCAGCCUAUCACUGGGGUGGCUCAGACAGGCCUAAGCACUCCACGAGGCCUUCACUUUUCUCAGGUGACCGACUCCACGGCUAUAGUCCAUUGGUCGAUGCCUUUCUCUCUGGUGGACAGCUACCGUGUUGCCUACAUGCCCUUUGAAGGAGGAAGUCCGAUGACAGUGACAGUGGACGGCAGUGUGUUUGAAGCUCUGAUGCACAACAUGAUCCCCGGCAAAACCUAUCAGGUGACAGUCACUGCUGUCAAAGGUCUGGAGGAAAGUGACGCCAGCACUGACACAGUCACCACAGCUCUGGACAGACCUCAGGGUCUGACUGCCCUUAAUGUCACCGACACGUCCGCCCUGCUGGUCUGGCAGCCGUCUGUGGCCACUGUUGAUGGCUACAUCAUUAGCUACACCGCUGAUUCAGUGUCGUCGGUGAUGGAGCAGGUUUCUGGAAACACCGUGGAGUUUGAGAUGGGUUCACUGGUUCCUGGAACCCAUUACACAGUUGCAGUUCAUGCCAUAAAAGAAUCUCAGAGGAGUGACUCUGCUGUCACUGAGUUCAGCACAGAUGUGGACCCUCCUCGUGAACUGAAGGUCACACACAUUCAAACGGACAGUGCAACUCUAACCUGGAAACCUCCGCAAGCUGCCGUCACUGGUUACACUCUGACCUUCUCUUCUGCCGACGGUGUCAUCAGGGAAGUGGUGCUAAGCCCAACAGCCUCGUCCUACAGCAUUGCUCAGCUAACUGGUUCCACAGAGUACAGUGUGAGACUGCAGGCCGUGGCUGGAGCCCAGAAGAGUGGAUCUGUAGCCACUGUCUUCACGACCACUGGGAAGCUGUUUCGACGACCUCGGACUUGGGUUAGCUCCUGCUGAAUGGAGAGAAGACUUCUGGUCUGUACAAAAUCUAUGUGGGAGGAGAAGACGGCCAGUCGCUCCAGGUUUACUGUGACAUGACCACAGAUGGUGGAGGAUGGCUGAUUUUCCUCAGACGCCAGAAUGGAAAGCUGGAAUUCUACCGGAACUGGAAGAACUACACUGCUGGAUUUGGUAACAUGAAUGAUGAGUUUUGGCUGG